AUCGUGCUUUGCUCAUUGCUGGGGCCUUACCAGAUUUCAUUUCAGUUCAGCCAUUUGUUUGACUGUGUUUCUUUCUUUCAGUCUUCUUUAUUUCUUUUUUCACAAUUAAAUAAAUAUCUGCAUUUGUCAGUAGAACAGAGCAAACACUGGAAAAACAGCUGUUUCACUUCCAUUUCAUUGAUUUCCACGAGGCAAAGGGAAUAUAUAUAUAUAUAUAUAUAUAAGAAAGCUAACCAGAGGUCAGCUUCAGGCUUCAGCUUCCAUUUCUCCUUUUCUGGGUUUGCUUCAUCUUCAGCUUCAGCUUCUGCAAAAUAUAUUUAAUGGCCGAGUAUAUCUGUUUAUUUAGCAAGGAUACACUCAUUAUAAAGCCUCCUAAGAAAUCUCCAUUGUUUUCAAGGACAAUAGCUUUAUGGUUUGCAAUGUUGUGUGGUGUUUAUCUCUAUGGAACUUGCUUAAAACAUGUCGGUACUUUCACUAUGCUCAAAUUUCAGAACAUCCAACUCAUUCAGAAGCCAUCUUUAGAGGCUCUAAUUCCUACGUUGCAUUAUCCAAAGCCUGAAAGUUUCAGUAGGGGUGAAUGCGCUUUGAAUCCGGUACGGUUCUUCGCUAUAAUAUCGAUGCAAAGAUCUGGAAGUGGAUGGUUUGAGACUUUACUAAAUAGCCAUAUCAAUGUAAGCUCAAAUGGUGAGAUCUUUUCUGUAAUUGAUAGGAGGAACAAUGUAUCGAAUAUUAUACAGACUUUGGAGAGAGUUUACAAUUUAGAUUGGUUCACUAGUGCUUCCAAGAAUGAGUGCUCGGCUGCAGUUGGCUUCAAGUGGAUGCUGAAUCAGGGAUUGAUGGAGCACCAUCGAGAAAUAGUAGAAUACUUUAAUCAUCGGGGUAUUUCUGCCAUAUUUCUCUUCCGAAGAAAUUUGCUUCGAAGGAUGGUUUCUGUACUUGCGAAUUCAUAUGAUCGCAAAGCUAAGCUAUUAAAUGGAACCCACAAGUCUCAUGUUCAUUCGGAGCAAGAGGCUGCUGCGCUUUCGAGUUACAAGCCAAUUAUCAAUUCUACAUCACUAAUAAGUGAUCUGAAAGAAGUAGAGAUGAUCACUGCUAGGGCUUUAGAGAACUUCAAUAGCACCCGUCACAUGGUUUUGUACUAUGAGGAUCUUGUCACCAACCGUACGGCAUUCUUCUCUAACUCGUGGCUCUGCCUCAUGUCAUUGGUUCUCGUGUUUGUACCAGAAACUAAAAGAUGUUCAAGAGUUUCUAGGCCUUCCACUGAUGGAAUUAACUAGUCGCCAGGUUAAAAUACACAAAGGUUCGUUAUGCGAUUUUGUGAGCAACUGGGAUGAUGUUAACAAGACACUAAACGGGACCGAAUACGAGAGGUUCCUCCAUGCCGACUAUUAAGAAUGUCACUAACAAAAAGAAUGGCGUGGUCUCCAUGUUUGGCUUAAUUUAUUACUGAAACUGACCAUAAUUCACCCAGUUUGCAAUUUUGGCUGUCAAGAAGGCCGGCAACAAUCAGGUAAUCACUAUCGUGAAGCCCUCGACCAUUUCAUUUCUCUUGAUUUGUAUCUUAUAGAUCAUAGGUAAACAGUUUGUAUAUUUGAGCUAAUUAAAAAUCGGAUGAACCAAUUCCUCA